AUGUCUACUACAGGUCGUGAUGGAAUUGAUUCCUCUACCAUCCGUCAGAGACAACAGGCUCUGAGCACCUCAGCCGAAGAUGGAUCCUCCAGCACAGACGCUAACCUCGAGAAAAUCGAGACAUCGAAGAAGGUCAAGUUUGACGAAGCUAAGAGCUUUAAUUCUUCUUUGAGGGAACUCGAAUCAUGGUUGGCUCCAAUCUUGUUCACCAUCUUGUCAUUUGGAGUAAGAUUAUACAAGAUUUCAGCCAACGAUGCUGUUGUUUGGGAUGAGGCACAUUUCGGAAAGUUUGGUUCAUACUACUUAAGACACGAAUUCUACCACGAUGUCCAUCCCCCAUUGGGUAAGAUGCUCAUUGGGCUCUCCGGAUAUCUUGCUGGUUACAAUGGAUCUUGGGAUUUCCCUUCUGGUGAAAAAUACCCAGCCUAUCUCGACUACACUAAGAUGAGAGUGUUCCAGGCCAUCUUCAGUUCAUUGUGUGUUCCUUUGGCCUAUUAUACUGCAAAGGAAAUUGGAUUCAGCAUUGCUUCUGUCUGGUUGUUCACUUUGAUGGUUACUUUGGAAUUGAGUUACGUUACUUUAGGUAAAUUCAUUUUGCUUGAUUCCAUGUUGUUAUUUUUCACUGUGGCUACUGUGUUCUGCUUUGUUAGAUUUCACUCCUUCAACUCCAACCCAACACAUUCCAACAACUUCACAAGGAAGUGGUGGAAGUGGUUGUUGCUUACCGGGUUCAGUAUUGGAUGCACCUGUUCUGUUAAGAUGGUUGGGUUAUUCGUCACUACUUUGAUUGGUAUCUACACCGUUGUCGACUUAUGGAACAAGUUGGGUGACAAGAAAAUUCUGUGGGCACAAUAUGGUUACCACUGGAUUUCCAGAAUUGUAGGGUUGAUCUUGAUUCCAUUAUUGAUCUUUUUAUUAUCAUUCAAAAUGCAUUUUGACUUGUUGUACAAGUCUGGUACUGGAGAUGCCAACAUGUCAUCUCUUUUCCAAGCCAAUUUGGCAGGAAGUAACAUUUUAGGAGGUUCAAGAGAGGUAUCAUUUGGUCACUCUCAGGUCACUUUAAAGAACCAAGGUCUUACCGGUGGACUCUUGCACUCCCACGUUCAAGCAUUCCCAGAAGGUUCAAAGCAACAACAAGUUACCACCUACUCACACAAGGACUCCAACAAUGAUUGGGUUUUCCAAAAGGCUAGACCUGAACCAUACUACGAUACUGAGAACUCUAAGGAGAUUGAAUACGUUUUGGACGGUAUGACUGUUAGACUUGUUCAUCCAAUGACUGGUAGAAACUUGCACACUCAUCCAAUCGCUGCUCCUGUUUCAAAGGGUGAAUGGGAAGUUGCUGGAUAUGGUAACUUAACAAUUGGAGAUGAAAAGGACAAUUGGACUAUUGAAAUAAUGGAACAAAUGGGAGACGAAGAUAAGACUAAAUUACAUCCUUUGACUUCUUCCUUCAGAUUGUAUUCCCAGGCCAUGAAUUGUUACUUGGGUGUUUCUGGUAACUCAUUACCUCAAUGGGGUUUUAGACAGGGUGAAGUAGUAUGCUACAAGAACCCAUUCUCCAAGGAUAAGAGAACCUGGUGGAACAUUGAAAACAAUGAGAAUGAAUUGUUACCAUCUACUCCAGCGGACUUUAAAUUACCAAGAACCAAGUUUUUAAGAGAUUUCAUUCAAUUGAACUUAGCAAUGAUGGCAACCAACAAUGCCUUAGUCCCAGACACAGAUAAACAAGAUGACUUGGCAUCAUCUGCUUGGGAAUGGCCAACCUUACAUGUUGGUAUUCGUAUGUGUACCUGGGGUGUAAGUAACGUGAAAUAUUUCAUGAUUGGUUCUCCUGCAACUACGUGGCCAUCCACUGUUGCAGUUUUCGCCUUUUUCUUUGUCGUCAUUUGGUUUGUCAUCAGAUGGCAAAGGCAAAUUGAAGAUUUCCCUGCCAAUGACCCACAAAAAUUGAAGUUAUUUAUCAUGGGAGGUAUUUAUCCAAUGUUUGGAUGGGGAUUACACUUUAUGCCUUUUGUUGUUAUGGGUAGAGUCACAUAUGUCCAUCAUUAUGUGCCUGCUUUAUAUUUCGCCAUGAUUGUCUUCUUGUACGAGUUGGAAUCCUUAACCAGAGGUUUAAUUAGAUCCAACAGCAAUACCAAAAAGAUCGCAUAUGCUGUAAUUUAUGGUGCUUGGUAUGCUAUAGUAAUUGGUGUGUUCUGGUACUGGAGAUUUGUCAGUUUCGGUAUGUCUGGUCCAAAGGAAGCUUACAAGCACUUAGACUUGUUACCAAGUUGGAGAAUUGCCAAUGAAGGUUUCAAUUAA